AUGCUCGGAAAGAAAUUUUGUGUCUUGUCUUGUCGAAUUGCUGAAACCCAUUCGUCAUCCUCAUUCCGAUUGCUCAUUCGUCAAUUGAAGCCACUCACAAACACUAUGAAGAAUUAUCACAAAAUUCAUCACACCUAUUUAUGUGGAAUGGAAUGUGCCGUGCUCACACCUUCCUCAAUCCAGCAUGCUCUUUCCAACAACCACCACCACCAAACUUCAAGUGUGAAUAGUGCUGUCAUUUGGCUUCAUGGACUCGGAGAUACCUAUGAUGGAUUUGCACAAAUGCUCCAACACGUUCUACCAAAUCAUACGAUUGGUAUUUUACCCAAUGCACCUCACCGUCCAAUCACAAUUAAUGGAGGAAUGGUGAUGCCUGGUUGGUAUGAUAUUCAAUCUCUCGAUCGACAAGUCAUGAAAGUCAAAGAAGACAUUGAAGGAUAUCAUGCUUCUAAAAAACUUGUCAAUGAUUUAAUUCACACUUUAAUGACCAAUGAUGAUGAAUUUCUGAAACAACACUUAAUCCCUCAAAUUCCCUCAAACAGAAUUGUAUUAGGUGGUUUUUCACAAGGAGGUGCCAUGUCUGUCCUUGUUGGCUCUCAAUGUAAAUAUCCACUUGCAGGAAUUGUGUGUGCGAGUGGUUAUGUAUUAUUGAGAUCUCAAUAUUCAACUUCAAAAGAAUUUAUUUCACAAGAGAAUAUUUCAACACCACUUUAUAUUUUCCAUGGAGAUGAAGAUGAUGUGGUGAAUUAUCAGAAUUUUGCAAAACAAUCCUUUGAUUGGUUGGAAGAGGGUGGGAAAAUGAUUACACAACGAAAGAUUUAUAGAUUUCAUUCACAUGAAGUGAGUGAAGAAGAGAUGAGAGAUUUGAAAAACACAUUUUCCAAGCUUCUAAAUUAA